AUGAACACAACAUGUAGUUCUUCGGAGGAGGAGAAUGCAAUUACAACAUUUGCAAAUCUUGAAAGUGCAAUUGAGUCAAAAGUCUCUGAAUUCUUUCAUACAAAUUGUAAGGAUGAAUUGUGUUCGGCGCAUAACGUAAAAGAUAAUUGUUUUAUUUCUGUGAUCCAGUCACGAAGACGUAUCUACUUUCACCUAUGGUUGCGUAUAGCUAUGGAUUAUCGAUCUGCGCGUGUUCUACACACCUUUAAUCUGCUUAAGUCAACUUUAAAUCUUUGGAAAUGUGAGUUGAAUUCUCGAAUUUCACUUAGAUUUCAGCAGAAGAAAGCCGAAAAUCAUUACUGUGCUACAUUGAAGACACGAACAUUAAUCGCCUGGAUAUUAUACACAAGAAUGAGACGAUCAAAAAAUGCCUUGAAGGAUUCAGCAAAGACACAUUACCGUCAACAGGUAUUUGUAUAUUAUAUAAAUUUGUGGAAGAGAAAUUAUUAUCUAACCGGUGAAUCAACCAGUGAAAAGCAUCUUUUGUCUGCAGCAAGAGCACAUAAUCGUCGACAAAUUUUAAAUAAAGCUUUAUCUAUUUGGACCUUGAGAACACAGAGUUGGCGGAGAAAACGAGUGCUACGUGAAACUGCGCUAGACUUCAUGCAUAACAUACUAAAUAAAAAUAUGAUCAAUUCAAUAUUUCAACAAUGGUAUCAACAGAUUGUAGAUAUUGAAUUAGCUAAGAAGUAUAACAGGUAUAGAAUUUUGAAAUCAUGCUUAAAACUCUGGUCAACUCGAAGUGAGCUAAGUAUUAUUGAUCGUCGAAUGCAGUGUAGUGCACACAAUCUACAUGUACGAUUAAUCCGUCAGCGAUAUUUCUCCUUAUGGAUUAAUUAUACACUGACGAAGAGGUUGAUAAGACAGUCAACAGAAAUAGCAAUUAAGCAUUACAAAAUGAAUCAAGUGAAAAAGUGUUUUCAAGGUUGGAUAUUGUACCAUUGUCAAAUUGUUGAUCGUCAGAAUAUAGUUGAGUGUAUUGUUGUGAAUCGACAACACUCUUUACUUGAACAAUGUUUAAUGAAAUGGAAAGAUUUUACUACAACGAAACACUCAAUACUACUGAAAUCAUCUCAGUAUGUAAGUAGUCAAAAUAGCAGACUACUGAAGGAGUAUUUUCAUCGUUGGAUAAAUAACCUUCAUGAUAAAAAAUCACAAGAAAUUACUAUCAAUAAUUUUCACAGAUUGAAAACUAUACAAUGCUUAGAAAAGGUUUUCACCUCAUGGUUGAAAUGGUCUCGUACCCGUCGUGAGUAUCGUUUACAAACGCAAAUUCUUGUUAAUCAAGGUGUACAGUCUCUACGUAUUCCCCUAACUCAGGCGUAUUAUAACCAUUGGAAAUCUGUAUAUACAUAUUGCGUAAACUAUCGUCUAGCACAGAGAUUUCAUUCCAUGCGCCGACUUGUUCAGUGUUUCAAUGGUUGGUUGGCAUAUUCCAUAUGUAGAAAGAAGAAACUAAAGCUGAAAAAUGAUGCGGACUGUUUCAGGAAUCAAAGAAUACAGAAACACUUCUUAAAUCAUUGGCGUAUAACACUAAUUGAGAAAAAGAAUACACAAACUCUGGAAUCCAUUGCUGUUAUCCGUUGGUCAUUAUGCUUACAAGCACGUGUAUGGAAAGCUUGGCGUCUAUGGAUUGAAUGGAGGCAUGAAAAGGCAAACAGACGUAAACUUGCUGUUCAACGAUUUAUUGAACGUCAAACUGUUGACGCUUUACGGAUGUGGAUUUCAAUUGCAUUGAAUAAACGUCAUAAAAGGCACAUGGAAUAUUGUUCAAAAUUUUGGAACAACAAUACUCGUCUGUACAGCUUGAUACUUCGUGUCGGUACACAUUGGUAUUGGAGGACUUUUUCAAAACGUCGUCAUAACAACAGCAACAGCGACCUUGUUGAAACAUGUACGGAUAGUGCUUAUGAUGCUGUUUUACAAUUAUCUGAUAAUUGCCACAAUAACCAAUUAACAAAAUAUAAUAAUAUAUUUAAUGAAAAUAUUCAUGUACUCAAUGGAAAUAUUAAUAAUAACAGUUAUUUGAAUAAAUUACAAAGUUAUGAAUUGACACCACCACAAUAUCCAGAUUUUAUUCUAUCGGAAAUUGAAUCACUCGAAGUAUCAACUCAUGAGGAAUUUCCACCUAUAUCGACACACACUUCUGCAUUUGAUGACCAGUCACAGUGUGAAUUAAAAGAUGAUAAAGAAAUAGGACUCUCCACUCCUGAGUCUCGUGUUAACUUCAAUGAGUCAGAUGUGGACACAAUCGAUUCAUAUAUGAAUCUGUUAGAGGAGAAAAUAUCAUCGUAUAAGAUGAUGAAAACUAAAUAUGAAAUCAUGUGCAAACGUGUUUAUUUACAAGAUGAAAUUGAAGAUUAUAAAGAGGAGCAUACCAAGGCUGUAUCCCUAAAAGAUUGUAUAAAAGUCGAAAAAUCUGCCUGCUUGUCGAUUAUCAAAGAGCUACGACUUCUUCUCGGUGGGCUGGGAUCUCCAUCAACAACAUAAUAUCAACAAUUUUAAUUCAUCAUAUAAAAUUGUAUAAAAUUAUUACUAUUUUUUAAAAAUAAAUUAUUUAUCUUU